CAUACAAAGUACACCAACCUUCUCUCCCUCUCUCUCUCUCUAUCUGCGUUCUUGUUUUUUCGUAUUAAAGACAAAAAAGAAGUAUUAGGAAAAACAGAAAAAAAGAGGAGAGUGAUAAAUAUCAUGUGCCCGACUACUAAGCAAAAACACCGAGGCUCCGCCAUGGAUUCCGCCGCCAAACCCUCCGCUUCCCUCCCUGAUUGGAUCACCGACUCAAAAAACGGUGGAUCCUUGCAACACGUGGACCUCGAUACUGGAACCAACGGUUGGGCGUCACCACCAGGUAACCUCUUUUCUCUCCGUUCCCUUAAUUACCUCACUAAACGACAAAAAGCUCCCGCCGGAGACUACCUACUCUCUCCCCUCGGUAUGGACUGGCUCAAGUCAACUACCAAGCUCGACAACGUACUCGCCCGUCCCGACAACCGUGUUUCUCACGCGCUGAAAAAAGCUCAAUCCCAAGGCAAGUCUAUGAAAAGCUUCGUUUUCGCCGUCAAUCUCCAAGUCCCUGGCAAAGAUCAUUAUAGCGCGGUUUUUUAUUUCGGUACGGAAGAUCCUAUCCCUCCCGGUUCGUUGCUCUACCGAUUCGUCAACGGAGAUGAUGCCUUCAGGAACCAACGGUUCAAGAUCGUCAACCGGAUUGUCAAAGGCCCAUGGAUCGUCAAAAAGGCGGUGGGGAAUUACGCAGCCUGCUUAUUAGGUAAAGCUUUGACGUGCAAUUAUCAUAGGGGACCAAAUUAUUUGGAAAUUGAUGUCGAUAUCUCCAGUUCGGCAAUUGCUAACGCGAUUUUGCACCUCGCUUUGGGAUACGUGACAAGUGUGACAAUCGAUAUGGGAUUUCUGGUGGAAGCGCAGACGGAGAAUGAGUUGCCGGAAAAGUUGAUCGGUGCGGUUAGGGUUUGCCAGAUGGAGAUGUCCUCUGCGACUGUGGUUGACGCACUUACUCCACAGAUUCAACCGGCGGCAGCGCGUGUAAUGGGUUGUUCGAAGGAAGUGGGGGAAAGCAAAAAGACUGUGAAAGAAAUGAAUGAAGUGAUGUUUGUUUGGAUGUCAUUGUUGCGUUGGGGACAAUUGCUUUGUGGUGUGGGGAAUAUUGUGUCACUGCCGGCAACUUUGCAACUGUUGAGAUUUUGGUGGGUAAAAGAUACGUCAAUAAAGUUGGAAUAGGACGGUGGCUAUGCGGCGGUUCCUGCCAAUCCCGAUAAGGCCAAUAAUGUUUUCAUCAUAUUAUCACUCACAAAUCUUUACUGAAUUGCAACUGUAUGUUCUGUGGAUUUUAUUGAAUCAUUUCUCAUCAUUAGGAACUAUUAAUGGGGAAAUCGAUACAUAAUUUGAUGCAUCAAUGUCAUUGUUUCUAAAAUAAAUGCAUUAGAGCAAUGAACAAAUUAAAGUCGUGCAUUUUGAUUGAA